AUGUCACAACCUGUCAAUCUCGCGGUGGCCUCGCUCCAACCAGAACAAUGGACUGCUUCGUCCAAUGAAGCCAUGUCAAUAUAUAUCACAGACACGAAAGGGUCUGCGCAAACUUUUAAGCCCGUGUUUACCUAUCCCAUCUUUGGUGAUGCCGAAAGCAUAUUCGGUUACAAAGACUUGGUGAUAUUUCUUUGUUUCGACUCUGUGACAUUCUUGCCCUUCUUGAACGUCAAAUGGUCAGCAAAGCUAGAUGAUGUUGAAAUCGAUCCCAAAGAGAAAAUGUUAGAAUUCUUGCCAGAGUCCACCGUUUUCAAGGACGAAUUGAAAUGGAGAGAAGCUAUCGAAGAGGAGCAGAAGGACUAUGAGAUCCCGGGAACCCGUUUUGGUGAAGAGUUCACCAAGGACGGCGAAAAGUAUGCAAUUUACCGUCUCGACUUGUCUUCAAGUUCCGGAGCUGAAUUGCACAAGAGAUUGCAGAUCCUUGUUCUCCUAUUCAUUGAGGCAGGCUCCUACAUCGACUUCAAGGAUCCAUUGUGGGACAUUUAUGUCUUGUACAAGACCACAGACCCUAAGUUGCCUGAGGUUGUAGGCUUUGCAACAGCAUACAACUACUGGAAAUACCCCGGACUGGAAAAGUUUGAUACGGGUGUGGUUGAGACGCGUCAAAAGAUCUCACAAUUCAUUAUUUUGCCUAUUUUCCAAGGCAAAUCACUUGGAGGCGAAUUUUAUUCGCGUCUCGUGGACGAGUGGUUGCAAGAUGACAAGAUCGUUGAGAUUGUGGUUGAGGAGCCUAACGAGAGCUUCGAUGAUUUGAGAGAUCGUGCUGAUUUGACUAGGCUCAACAGGAAAUCCAAUCUAGGAAACCUUGACAUUGCUACUGUUACUAGCGAUAAGUGGUUUGAGAACUUCAAAAAGACUGAGAAAUUGGAGAAGCGUCAGCUUCAACGAUUGCUUGAGAUGAUCUUUUUCAAGCAAUUGAAGGACGGCUCAAGCGUGGAUUCCAAAAAAUCCAUUCGGUUGUUUGUCAAGCGUAGAUUAUAUGAGAAGAACAAGGAAGCUCUUUCGGGCUUGGAUGCUCCAACCCGGUUGGACAAGCUUCAGACGGCAUAUGAAGCACUUGAAUCAGACUACUAUCGUAUUUUGGAGCCCACAAAUUUCAAAUUCAAGCGCGCCGCCGAAUCCAAGACCAACGGAAAGGCAAAGAAAGCCAAGAUCAAUUGA